UCACACUCCUACCUGCUCUAUCCUGUGUUCAGUCAUCAGUCGUAUGGUACAGCGUUGUUGUUGGUUGCCGCAGCUGAUGAUGAUGAAGCAAUAAUCGUCAGGAAAUUUCCGAAAUCAUGGCGUAUAUUUCAGACGGCCAGGUGCUGGAGGGGCGAUCUCCAUGGAGACCCUCGUAUAUUGCAGACCUCUUUUGGGGAGUUCUUAACUUUAUAAUCCUCUUCUUCCGAACUAUGGUAUAUUCUGAUCUGACAAGUAAAGGUCGUGGACAAACCUCAAACUACCAGGCAGGAAGCGGAAAUGGACGCGGUCCCCCACCAGGCCCAAGGAGAAGAAUGGGCGGUUUUAGGGGCGGGGCUGGAGCACCAAGUGCCCCGCCCCCAGCUGGAGGUGGAUGAGGAAGGUAA